CAGUUGGUGAAGUCGAAUAACAUCUCUGAAAUACAAAUGCGGGAAUGCCUAAAUAUACCAAUUGGCUUGCGACCACUGCAUAUGUGGCGGUGUUAUAUGCUUAAAAACCAUCCCGGUCUUUUGGUCAUUCAAAAUCCAUUUACAUUCAAUGGUCAGCGUUAUUGGAUAGCUCGAAGUCUGCGUGAUUACCCUCUUGCACCAAACAUCGUGAACUUGGAUGCAAAACAUUUUUCAUCUAAUACUGUAUCUGACUGGUGGAGAGAGUUACAUAAGUGCACUGAGAAAAGUGUUGCUCACCGUCUUAAGACUUCAAUGCGUUGGACAACAUUGGGGUAUCAUUACAACUGGGACACCAAAGCUUACGAUGAGGCGACGCACACAAUGUUCCCAAGUGACUUGUUUAGCUUAACCCAAUAUUUUUCUCAUGUCUUAGGCUUUCCAAAUUAUAUCCCGCAAGCCGGCAUUAUUAAUUACUACCCUAUUGGCACUUGUUUAUCUGGUCAUACUGAUCAUUCGGAGUUGAACCAUGAAGCACCGCUAUUUUCAUACAGUUUCGGACAAACUGCUAUUUUUCUUAUAGGUCACAACACACAAGAAGAGCAGCCUACUGCUCUGUUUCUUCGUAGUGGAGAUGUUUUAAUUAUGUCUAGGGAGUCGCGUCUUUGUUAUCAUGCUAUACCACGCGUCAUGAAAACACAGAAAGAACCAUGGAAUGAUUUCCUUUCAAUACCUCAGUGCAAAAACAAUGAAACCUUUGGUAGUUCAAUGAAUUUUGAAUUGUACGAUCAGGUUACUGAUACGUGCUUUUGGAUACCGUUUAACCGUUAUAUCGCCGACUCACGCAUAAAUAUUAAUGUGCGUCAGGUUUUGCCUUCAGAUGAUUGCCUUCAAAUUUGAAUAUUUUUUGUAUUUAAUAGUAAUUGUUCUGUUUGCUGCGAAAUCGCAGCUUAAGAAAGCCAAAAUGAUCGAAGAAA